UUCCGGUUGGGUGGUGCUUGCGCGCGUGAGCGGAGCCGGUGGGUGAGCUGAGGCCGCGGCGAACCUGGGCUGAGGGCGCGACGGGGAAAGAUCUGAUUAUCAUGGACCUGCGACAUUUUCUUAUGUGCCUGUGCCUGUCCCUGUGCAUAGACUUUGCCUUGAGCAAGCCCACAGAAAAGAAGGACCGUGUACACCAUGAGCAGCAGCUCAGUGAUAAGGUUCACAAUGAUGCUCAGAGUUUUGAUUAUGACCAUGAUGCCUUUUUGGGUGCUGAAGAAGCAAAGACCUUUGAUCAGCUGACACCAGAAGAGAGCAAGGAAAGGCUUGGAAUGAUUAUAGAUAAAAUAGACGCGGAUAAAGAUGGGUUUGUGACGGAGGGGGAGCUGAAAGCCUGGAUUAAGCGCGCCCAGAAGAAAUACAUAUAUGACAAUGUUGAAAACCAAUGGCAGGACUUUGAUAUGAAUCAAGACGGCUUAAUCUCCUGGGAUGAGUACAGAAACGUGACUUAUGGCACUUACCUGGAUGAUCCAGACCCUGAUGAUGGAUUUAACUAUAAACAAAUGAUGGUUAGAGAUGAGCGGAGAUUUAAAAUGGCAGACAAGGAUGGAGACCUGAUUGCCACAAAGGAGGAGUUCACAGCCUUCCUGCACCCUGAGGAGUAUGACUACAUGAAAGAUAUAGUAGUACAGGAAACAAUGGAGGAUAUAGAUAAGAAUGCUGAUGGCUUCAUUGAUCUAGAAGAGUAUAUCGGUGACAUGUAUAGCCAUGAUGGCAAUGCCGAUGAGCCAGAAUGGGUAAAAACAGAACGGGAACAGUUUGUUGAAUUUCGAGAUAAGAACCGUGAUGGAAAGAUGGACAAGGAAGAAACCAAAGACUGGAUUCUCCCCUCAGACUAUGAUCAUGCAGAAGCAGAAGCCCGACACCUAGUCUAUGAAUCAGACCAAAACAAGGAUGGCAAGCUUACCAAGGAGGAGAUUGUCGACAAGUAUGAUUUAUUUGUGGGCAGUCAGGCCACAGAUUUUGGUGAGGCCUUAGUACGACAUGAUGAAUUCUGAGCUGUAGGCAGAAGAAAACCACAUUUCUUCGAAAGUAAUUUAUUUUUACAGCUUCUGGUUUCACAUGAAAUUUGUUUGCGCUACUGAGACUUAUUACAAACUUUUUAAGACAUGAAAAGGCGUAACGAAAACCAUCCGUCCUGCUCCUCCUCCUCUCUGAGGGCCUGGAGGAAAAUCGAGCUUCUGAGGAACAACUCUCGUUAGUACACUUGUGUUUGUAGAUUUACACUUUGUAUUAUGUAUAACAUGCUGUGUUUAUUUUUGUAUUUGUUCUCUGGUUGGGAGUAUGAUAUGAAGGAUCAAGAUCCUCAGUCCACACUUGUAGGCAGACAUUAUCCCUUCACUCUUUCUCAUUCAACCCUUACCAUAUAAUUUUUAUAACUGACUAACUUUUUAAACCUGAGCUCAACAAGUGAUGCUCAGGAAGGAGAAAUGGGAAGAAUAUACACCACAAUUUAGAGAGAGAACAGUUAAUCUUGCCUCUUGAAAGUUAUAUUCCACAAGUCGUAGGGGGCCACGUAUUCCAGCAUGUUCCAUUCAUUUGCUACGGGUUCAGCAACUGAUCCCGGCAUUAUCUGGGCAAUGACAGAUUCCUGUGCUGUAAGAAACUUAACUCAGUUUGAUUUCAUUCAUCCUUUUCCCCCUGUCCUGCAGGACUAGCUGUUUGCUAAUUUUGUCAAGCACAGCUGUGUUGGGAAGAGGUGGGGCCAGUGUCUUGAAAAUCAAUCAAGUAGUGAGGGUGAUCUCUUUACUGAGCUAUACAUAGAAGCAGCUGGAAAACUAAAGGAAAAAUAGGAGUGUUUUCAGGGCACACACUUUUUUCUGGCAUCUGUUGAAGUGCUCAAGACUGUCUUGCCUGUUGAGUCACUGGAAGUGCCCCAUCCAGCUCCUAUUUCUCCCAGAGGCUCCGGGGAAUAUUUUUGCUUUUGCUGCAGUUAAAAUAUAUCAUUUCUAAUCA